CCGCAGCCCUGCUCUCACCAGAAGAAGAGGAAGCGCAGAAAAGUCACUGAAAACGCAUUUUCUUUUCUUUUAUUUAAAUUGUGGGUUUGUUUUCGACCACUGUCAUAUUGUAUGGAGAAUUGAAAAUGUCCACAGUAGCAAAACGGUGUGGGUUAAAGUUUGAUCCACCGUCAAUUGUCGUCAUAUAUGAGAAUAAAAACACAGGGAAGAUGAGAAAAAGAGUUAUACCGGUGAGGAAUUUCUCACAAUACUCAGAUUGUAGCCGGGCAGCAGAGAGGCUGAAGUAUCACGUCCGUCACAGCGUUUACGUAGAAUCUGUGUCUUUAGCUCAACUUGAAAGACUGCAUCUGAUUCUCCGUGAUCAUUUGCGGGGCCUCAGUCUAGAGGAGAGUCUGGCUGCUCAGCGGGGCCCCGGCCCCAAUGACGAGGACCUGAAUAAACUGAGCGAUGAGGAGUUAAACCGCAGGAAGGCCCAGAUGGAUGAGCUGUUUGAACGGAACCGCAGACGAAAGAACGAUCCAGACUUUGUGUACGAUAUAGAAGUGGAGUUUCCUGAGAACAGCGUACGAGAGACAUGUAGCUGGGAUAAUCAUUCCGAUGAUGAGUUUUAGAAGAUCAGACACUGAAAAUUUGUAACUACUCCUUUAAGGCGAAAAUACACUACAAGACUUUCACUCAGAUUUUCAGGCUGUUUCUAUCUGAAGCUUUCAAAAAGUGUAUGAUGUCUAGUUAAAGUCUUGUAGUAUAUUCCAGACAUUAGUUUGGGGAACUGCUGUUGUAUGCCGAUCUAUACAUUUUCAAAAGGUAUAGAUUGUUCUGAAACCACUUCCUUUGUCAAAUUAAAUGUGGUUGAUAAACCAAUAUAUGAGGAAGCAAAACAAAUCUGCCAAUAUUUGGUAAUUUUAAGACGAUUGCAUCUGCUGAGAUUUCACUGUGGUGGUAAAUCAACCCAUUUGAAUUAAUUAGAGGGGAGAAUGUGUUAAACCCUACAGUAUAUUUUAUUUGUUAUUUUGAACUGCAUUUUAUACACUACAAGUUAAAAAAAGUUUGAUGAUGCUUUAGUUUGUGGUUGUUUCGUUUCUGAUUGUUAUCUAGGCGAAUACAAAUUGUAUGUUACUAUGUUUUAAUCAUAUUUAAAUAAACAAUGUUUUUGGAUGUGAAUGAGAAUUUGA